UGCUGCAUCAUCAAUAAAUUCCUUACACGAUAAGGGGUGAUGGAGGGGAGUGGAUUCGAUAUAAAACGGAAAUUUGCGAUACAGCGGUUAGAAGAUUGUUAGAUUUUGACCAAUUUAAACGUCAGCGAUGUGGACUGCUGCUGAAGUUGCUCGAGGAACGGGGGAGAAAUUUUUAGAUGAUAAUUACACAUUGCGGCCAGUUUCCAAGAAAAUGCGUACAUGGCAAGAUUGAAACCAAUGAUUUAGCCGAAUUGAAGUCGAGCCGCGGAGUACGUAUUUUGGGACGGAGAUAUCCUUUGACGACUACCUGGUACAAGUAUUUAGAUAUUGGAAUAAGAAUUGGUCGUCGCUGUGAUGUGGAAUUGGCUAUUGGAGAUAACCGCGGCAAUGAAAUUCAGUUUCCAAUGUUUACCUGGAAAAAGCUAUCGGAGAGAAAGAUGGACAUUUUACGGAACUUUGAAAUGACAUCUAGUGAUCCGAUACGUGUUUGCGAUAUAACGAUUGAGUUUCGCUGCGUGGACGAUGUUAAAGUCGCGAAACUCUCCACUUCCGUCAACGCCUUGUUCCUCACAGAAAAAACGAUUUGUAGAAUGUUUGAUUUCGAAUACUGUAUCAAUCAUAUGUACACGUGGCUUUCCGAGAAUACGUUUCUCGUCGAGCGCAGAUAUGAAACUUUUGUAAAAGUAAUACAUAAUGUAAAACCAAAUGAUAUUGUAAGAACAAUUACCGAAGAUGAAAAUUUUGAACGUCAUUCAUUGAUUGAUUCUGAAUUGUUAGCCUUAGGGUUGAAUGUAAUUCAGCAUUGUGAUCAAAUAAAAUGA